UGUAAACAGUAGAAGAGAGCUCUGUAAAAAUUCGUAGCACUUCAUUCUAGUUUUGGUCACACUAAAUCAGUCGUAUACAAGUAUUGUUCGGCAUAUAUAUGCUGCUAUAGUGUAAUUUACAUUUUUCAUGUGGUAUAUGCGAACUACAAACGUGUUUAAAUACUUUGUAACUGGAACGCUGAUAACUCGGCUGUGACGUCAUUCCCAGUUCCGAGUUCCGACUUCCGAGGUAAAUGGAACGCAGCAGAAGUGUCGAACCACCACAGACUGGUGGGUUAGUUUAUGACAGUUGCUCUCCUCUGGAAUAAGGCUGCAAAUCUAUUUCACCCGGACUCUUAUGGCAUCCUGCAAACCUGCCACCAUUCGUGCAUUAUGUUCGAGGAUCAUGAACUCCAAGAUGCUUUGUCACUGAGUUUGAAUGAAAGCUAUGAUGACCAGAGUUCACCACAUCAGGAGCCACGAAGAGAACUACCGAGCCCCAUUUACAAGUGUGAGACACCAGAGAUCCAAGUGAUCAUCAAAGAGGAAGAGGAAGGCUGGACUGUGAGUGAAAAUAAUGAGAGCUUCAACUCAGAGGUGGAGAAAGAUGAAGCCUCUCCAGACAGUUGUCUUCCUGACUUCAAGGCAUGCAGAGAGAAGAGUUACAUUUCAUCUGGAGUAAAGAUACAGCAGAGAGCAUAUCCUGUGGAGAAAUGCUCAGCGGAGUUGGACAGCCACGCUGUCUUUGUGCAGAGUUCCACUCCUAAAGAGGGGCGACAGAGGCAAAAGCUUGCAGGCUCUGAUGAGAAACUCCAGCUUUCUUGUACAUGUGGCAAGACACCAGGAAAUGUGCAUCAGUGCAGUAACACAGGAGAGAAACCCCUCUUAUUUCCAGCUCGUGUUACAACUCCCAGUCACAAAAGGAAUACGAAAUCCCAUCUGAGAACGCAUGCAGAGGAGGACUGUAAUGCCCGAGAACGGAGCACAUCUUUACACACAGAAGAACUAUGUCAGACCCAAACAUUGGCACUUUACCCAAACGAUUCUCAUGAACAUAACCAACUGAUGUCACACGGACAAAAGGAAGCAUCUGCGAACUUAAGCGACCAAAAGCUCUGCUUGACUGUCAGAGUUCACACCGAGGGGAAGGGUGCGGAGCAAGAUGAAGAAAUCGGAGGUCUAAUCAACUCAGAUGGAGAAGUAAUUGAAUGGGAUGCCAAAGACACUUCUGACCAAGGAUCUGAUUGCAGAGAGGGACCUCACCUAAGCCAGGCUGUCAUGCUGUCUGAGUCUCAGCUGCAAGGCCAAAGUGAGAGGGACAGCAGUAGUCCAACGCUCAUCAUGGAAGUUGGAGAAGAUGAAGAAAUUAAGGAACAGGAGGAAAAGCAAAGAGUGGCAAAGAGGAUGUGCGUCUCACCUUUACAAUCCGGAAACAGACCAAGAAGAAAGAAAAAGGUUACAGUGGAGUUUUUGGAAAACUCUGACACUGAAAAAGAUGUUCCAGCAAAUGCUGCUAAGAGAAGAGGCAGAAGGAAGAUUUCUCAAACUCCCCCGGUGUUUGCUGCGGACUCAGAAGAAGAUCCAGGAGCAUCAAGGCGUAGCCAAAGAAGGAGAAAUACUCGCACCAACGUAGAAUUGGAAGAAUUAACCCCCAAAACUGUCCACCGUGUUUCUGCAAAUGGACGUUAUAGAAAGAGGAAAGAUGCCAAGCUGUCUGCUGAGGGACAUCUAAUCACAGGUGUUUCAUCUAGUAAGAAACGCCCUGGAAGAAAGAUGGUCCAUGUUCCAAUAGAAAUACCUCCUGAGCUCCUGAAGAAGCCCAAGGAGAAGAUGGAGUAUCGCUGUUCAAUUUGUGGGAAAGAAUUUCCUCAUGCCUACAAACUGGAGCGACAUGAGCUCAUCCAUACGGGGGAGAAACCAUACUGCUGCUCCAUAUGUGGUCGGGGUUUCAACCAGAAAGGGAACCUCAAAACACACUACAAAGUCCACCUUGGUCGAAAGGGUGCUUUGGAAAUGGACGAUGAAACAAGCCCUACCGAGUCAGAACUCUCUGAAUACUUGAAGUCUCUGCCAGGAGAAUCCAAGAUCCGAUUGUCGCUGCGCUGCCUUGAAUGUGGAAAAGACUGCGAGAGCCAGGCAGCUUUACAGGCACACCACAUAACAACACACAGCGAGACGCCUGCUGAGCCACACACGGCUGAACACGGCGCGUCACAGUUUCUCUUCUGUCGCCGCUGUGGUGUACAGUUCGAAGAGAGAGUAAAGAUGGUAGAACACAUGAAAACCCACAUCAAAGAAAAGCCCUACUCGUGUCCCGACUGCGGCAAGAGGUUCAUCAAUGAGAGCUACAUACAAAUCCACCAGCGGAUUCACACCGGUGAGAAACCUUUCCUGUGCUCCCAGUGUGGUAGGGGCUUCCACACAGCUUCGUCUCUCAAGUUGCAUGAGCUGCAGCACUCCGGAGAGAGGCCGUUUGCAUGCUCCAUCUGUGGGAAGAAAUUUCGGAUUAACUCCUACCUAACGGCGCAUUAUCAGACUCACAUCAAAGACAGGCCUUUUAUUUGUAACGUCUGUGGGAAAGGCUACUCCAGAGCCGAGGAACUGAAGGUCCACUACAGGCUUCACACUGGAGAAAGACCUUACGAGUGUGGAGAAUGUGGAAAGAGCUUCAUUUACCGCCAGGGUCUGCGCCAGCAUCAGCGAACACAUGCUGGGAGACGAAUCGGGCCGACCAGACAGCUCGGCAGACCCAAACAGAAAGCCAAGCUGGACAUCUAACACCUCAUCUGUUGAUGCAUUUUUGCAGUAAAUUGCUCUUCCUCUUCACUCUUAUUUCUUCCAUUCCUCCCUCACCAAUCAGAUGAAAAUGGUGUGUCACAGUUUUAGCCUGGUUUGCCAAGAAUGACAUGGAACCCAACUGUGUUGUCUUUCUUGUAAUCAUGUUUACUGCUCGUUUUGACAUUUUCUCAUCCCAAGUAGUCCAUUUGUACAACUUGAGUGCCUUUGUACCCUGCAUGCCAAAUAAUAGUACUUAAUGUUUAAAAAUAAUGAUUAUAAUGCACUAUAUACAGAUAUGGAAAAAUGUGUUGGUAGCCUUUCAUUAAAGAAGGAAAAAUCCAUAAUAGUCACUAAAAUAACUUGAAUGUGACAAAAGUAAUAAAAAUAAUUUACUGAAAACUGUAUUAAUGAAAAACCAGACAUUGUUUUUGAAUGUGAGUUUAUUAAAGAAAAAAAAUGAACUGGCCUAAUGAAACUGGCCUUGACAAAUUAGUUGGUAGUUUGAAGGGUGCUGCAUGCUUCAGCUCUCUCGUGUUCAAUAGGAUUAAGAUCAGGACUCACAGAAGGUCUGGUCAGAAUAGUCCAAUGUUUUGCUGUUGGUCAUUCUUGACUGUUUUUACUUGUGUGUUUUGGAUCAUUGUCCUAUUGAAUGACCCAUGAACUGCCA